AUGGUGAGUUUAAAUACACUAUGGCAACCCUGCGUUGGAUUUGUUCCUGAUGAAGAUUCACAUGCCUUUGCAUUUGUGAACCCAGAUGAGGUGUUGCACACUGCACAUCUAAUCCCUGCAUUCAUUCAUGGCUAUAUCAUGGACCUCCUGCCAUGUUCAGCCAUGUGA